AUUGUUUUUCUUAAAUGUCAUGUUUAUUUUCCUUCUUAGUUGAUCAGUUACGAAUCAACCUUCAGAAUUUUAAUUAACAACGCGUACGGCAAAUAUUAUUGAAAAUUACGUUGUAAUGGGGAUUCGUCUCUUCUUUCGAAAAGUUUUCUUUUAAAUAUUACUUUUAAUUGACAAUGGAAGCAGAAACGCCUGUUUCUUAUUAUAGAUUUAAAUCAAGACCAACGAAUAGACAAUUGUGGCCCAAAAAUAAAAAAGAAGAUAAAUUGUUCAAAAAUUUGAUUGAUUGUGUUAAUAUAAUAUUAGAUCCAUGGGAUAAAAUAGAUUCUCCGCAGUUUAUAGACUUUUUUGAUUUACCUGAAAUAUCUGAUGAAUUUUUUGAAACGAAAAAAGACGACAAACCAUUGAAGCAUAAUCCAGAAGCACAAAAACUUCCUCAAACGAGUGAUUGUAAUGAUCGCAAUGAAUUAAUUAAAUUAUUAGACAAUCUUUCUUUGAAGAAAGAAAAUAAACAAUUGGAUGUAAAUAUUAAUAAGGAUAAAGAGAAAAAAAAUUUGACAAAACAAUGUAUCAAAGUGAAACAGGAAACAACUACGACAACAAAUGAAAAUAAAAAAAAUAUAUCACAGAAAGUGGAUAACGCUGUACAGCCUUUCAAUUUUGAUUUACGAAAUAAAUGCAAACAACAACAACAAAAGAAUGUAAAAGAAGAUAAAGAGUUACAUGUGUUUCAAGCAAAACCUGUAGCUAGAUCUAUUAAAACAGCUGUAAAAUCAAAGUCUGAUCAUACAAUUGAUGGAAAAUCGAAAAAUUCAAAUAAAAUAAAUACCGAAAAAUCUACCAAAAAAUCUACAGAGAUUUGGAAAAAGCCGCCAUUCUUACCGCGUCCUGUUAAAAAAAUUUUGAAAAUCUCCAAAAGUCCGCGUCUUUUAACAGCAAUUCGAGCUAAAGAAAGAAAACGUUUUGAGGAAAAGUUAAAAGAGAAGGAAAAGGAAAUGGAGAUCCUCAAAUCUUUGGCUGCUAUAACAGAGAAGAAAUUGGAGAAGAAAGAAAUGACUCGUUUGAGAAAGCAAACUGUUCAUAACGCUCAACCCAUUCCCAAAUAUAUUUCUUGUUUGCGUCAAAUUGAUAAACGUCCUUUUACUGAACCACUUAGUCCAUUUAAUCAUAAACGCCAACGGCGCAUUUAAUUAUCAAUUUUUUUCAAUUCUUUUUUCCGCGUAAUAAAAGAAAACUGAUAACAAGCAUUCGUUCGAAGCCUUUGUUUCAAUUUUUUAACAUAUUUUCUUCCUAUUGUAAUUUACUUUAUUAGGUUCGAUAUAAUAGAAUGUUCUUUUUAUUGCCGUUAACGUUACUUUAAAAAAGGGACAACUUUAUAGUUAACUUUGUAGAAAUACUAUUCGUAUGUAAAUAUAUAUUAAAAAAAAAAAAAUACAGAAAAUAAAAAUCACUAAUUAAUAUAUUUUUGGCACAUUUUAAAAAUAGUUCAGUGUAAAUUUUCUCUUUGUUAGAGACGUGAUUAUCGAUUGUUGAGGAUUUAUUAACAAAUCUGAUGACUUGAAUGAUUUAAAAAUUGUAAUCGUAUCAAUACAGUAUUUAAUAAUCUUCUUACCAACAACUACUUUCGUACUAUGUAUAUUUCUUAUUUUAUUUUUAUUAUCAAUAUAAUUACUUAUCAAAUUAAAAUGACGAACGAAAAUUGUUGCUUUAAUUAUUUAUUUCUAGAUAUUAAUGUAUUUCAAUUUUCUCAUUUCAUUAAUAUUAUAAUAAAAAACUAAUUAAGUAAGUACGUUCUUCAAAGAAAUUAUUAAAUUAAUUAUGUACUCGUUUUAUAAAUGAACGAUUUGUUCUCUAUAUAGUUGGAAUCAUAAAUUAAUAGUCUCCAAUUCUCAUGCAUUUAUCGCUAAAAUUUGUUUUGUGGUCGAAGAGAAAGAGAGAAAGAGAGAAAGAGAAAGAGAGAGAAAGUAUUUGUCCUUUUUAUUUAACACAUUGAUCGCCAUGCAUAAAUCGAAUGUUUUUCUUAUGAGACCAAAAUUCAUGCUGUAGCGCAAAUUGGAAACUUAUUUAAACUAAGGGGUCCUCACGGAAACAUAGCUGCCAUCAUCCAGGCUUGAGUUAAUUGUAAGUGUGAUCAACAUGUUAAAUAUAUUUAGCGCUAUUAACAAAAUUAUAUAUAUAUAUAAGUCUUUUGAUCUAAUAAAUCUUUUUUAUCAGAUUAAAUAACAUUAUUAUCUUACAGUUAGUUAAAAAAAUAUAAAUUCAAGGAUUGGAGAAAUUGUAACAUUUAUAAAGUUAAGUUUUGUUGUUUUAACAUAUAUCUGAAGAUUACUAUAUCGUUAAAUAAGAACGACAUAUACAGGCAGGGUCUUUCACCUAACUAGACCACUAGACUUGUUAAUAUCUCGCUUAUUUUGUUCGAUAGAAAAAAAUGUCAGAGGGAAAAAAUAUUCUGUUUGAAGGCGCCAAUGCGGUUAUGGGCCGAAUUUUUUUCUUAAGAUUAUUUUUCUCGAGAUUUCAACGUCAUCGUUUUUUUUUUUUUAAAUGAGACUGCAUAUUUUUACUACAAUAUUCUUAUAAAAAAGCGAAAAAAAAAACGAAUCCAACUAUUUGCAAUAUGUUAAUAUUCAGGUGACCUUUACCGAGAAAAUUGUGAAAUGUUUAUUAGGAACUUCAGUACGCGUUCGGAGGACGGUAAAUGAAGAAACAAAUGCAAAUCAACGUGUAAGACACUCCCAAGCAAAAAAUCUUUUCACGUACAAGAGACAACGGCGUCUUCGAAUAGAAUAUUUUUUUCUAUCAUACGAAAUAAAUGAAAUAUUUUAGGUGGUCGCGUUAGGCGAAAGACCCGGUAUGUAUAUAUAUGCAUAUACCUGAACUUUCUCUAUGUAAGAUUAAUAAUGUGUGUAUGUGUGUGUGUGUGUGUUUGAAAAAUAUAAAUAAUAUAAAAUGGUACUAUAAUCAUAUCUAAUGCAUCACUAACGUAAAUUAAUACUGUCUUCGUUGCAGAUAUGUCAGAACAUUAAUAAAUUUUUUCUUUUUAAUUUUCUCUCAGGUGACACAUUCUUUUUAUAAAGAAAUCUAUUUACCCUAUUUUAAAUAUAUAUCAUGUGAAUGAAUAAAUUUAUUAGAGAAUGAAAAAUAAAUGGUAUAGAGAUCAAAAAGAUAAAUAGAUCUAUAUGCACUUUCUUAUUACCUGCAUGCGAUAAUAUAUAUAUAUAUAUAUAUCUAUGCACGUAUGCAUACGUAAUAUGUAUUUGUGUAUGGUGUGUAUGUAUUAUCAUCGUGCGCGUACAUUUUCGUAAACAUGUAAAUCACAUAAAGAAUAUAGGAAGCCCAAUGAAUGUUGACGAAAGAUAAACAUAUAAAUAACAGUCUUAUUAACUACAUGAACACAGCCAAUGACACAUUAAUUAGAUAAGAUCAUAGUUCCAUAUAGUUCACAAUGAAUGUAACAUGUGAAUCAAUAAUAUUAUUUUUUGUGAUUUCUUACUGCAAAUAUUAAAUCAAGACUGUUCAUUUGUUUUUACCUAUUGUUCCACAAAGUGAUUUA